AUGGUGUCUUCCAAGCGUUUUCUGGCCAUUUUGACUCUUCUUAUGGUGGUGGUGGUUCUUGUAUCUUCUGAUCAUACCAAUACCAAAAAUGAAGAAAAUCUUGAUGCAACUAAAAAGAGUGAAAAUACGAAAGAAGAACAGAUACGAGCUGCUGGAUUUGGUGCAGGAUGGGGAGCAGGCACAGGAAGAGGUGAUGGAUUAGGUGGCAAUAGAGGAAGGGGUGCUGGUGGUGGAUUAGGUGGUGGUCCAGCAGGUGGCGACGGUGAAGGUGCUGGAUGGGGUGGUGUUGCUCCGGGUGGUGGUGGUACUAGUGGUGGUGGAUGGGGUGGUGGUGGUAGUCCUGGAUGGCUUGGUGGUAGUGGUGGGUUAAUCCCUGGAUUUGGUGGUGGUGGUAGUCGUCCAGGAAUGGGCGGUGGUCCCGGAAUGGGUGGUGGUGGUGGUCCCGGUAUGGGCGGUGGAAUUCCGGGAAUGGGUGGUGGUGCUAGUGGUUGUUUCGGAUGUCCUGGUGGCGGUGGUGCAGAGGCGAAGAAGAAGAAAGAAGAAGAAGUUUCUGGUGCGGUUAACGGUUUUACUUGUGGUGUUAGUACAGGGAAAGCCAGACGACGCUUACUCAGAUCAGACAACACAGAGCCCUCAAACACCGGAAAUAUAGACUCUAACACCGAAAACCGAGACCACCCGGACGUAGACUUGGAUCAAUAUUACUCAAAGAAAGGUUCAACGUCCGAGGUGCGCUCAAGUCCUAGAUUCUCCGAAGGUAGUGGGUUGUUCAAAACUGGUGAUAGUUCAGGGGAAGAAGAUAAUCAGGAUAAAACUGAUCAACAGGCUUUAACCGAGAUUCCUAGAGAAAAUCCUCAGCCAACUCAACCAGAUAUUGAAGCAAGGUUGGAAACGCUAGGAAACUCAAGCAGGCAGCCCGGUACCCUACCGAGCAACACUCAGCAGAACCCGAAACCUCAACAAAAUAGCCAAGGAUCUGGAGCUAAAUACAACCAUCCGAAUGCAAGAAAUGAGCAAGUCAACGCAAUCACACAAGAGCAGGUUGAACCAGAAGUUGCGGUUGAUGAAGAGAUCGAGAUGGAGCCAAUCCCGGCCAUUCCAUCCAAGAAAGUUGAGAAACCUACUGUUGAGGCACCUCCGUGA